AAUACACCUUCAAGCAAUCAAGUCAAGCAACUGUUAUCUGUCUAAGAAGUUGUGCCCCUCCAAAAAUUCUCGUAGACGACAAAACUGUCACCAACUUGGGAAUCUCAUCUCAUGCUGAACCGAAUUUCAAACAUGAUGCCUUCUGCUGCCCAGUUGAACAAUGACGUACUUCUUUCGUUAUGAGCAUUAAUUCCCAUUCAAUUCUAAAGAGGCAAGUGACCAAUGAAGAAAGUUUGGUGACUUGUCCCGCUUUCAAGUCUCAUAGGAGAAAGAACUAUUCUUGGCUUCGUCAUGGGGUUCUUUCCUGGUUUGGUUGUUGGGUAUUUCUCAUCUGUUUACUGCUUUCAACAACUGGAUAUAGUAGGAAUCUGACCUCAAGGCCUGCUGUUGUGAAUAUUGGAGCUCUUUUUACAUUCGAAUCUUCGAUUGGAAGAGUUGCCAAGAUUGCUAUUCAGGAAGCUGUCAAAGAUGUAAAUGCGAAUUCUAGCAUUCUGCGGGGCACCAAACUCAAUGUUGAUGUGAGAAACUCUAAUUGCAGUGGGUUUCUAGGCAUGGUUGAAGCUUUGCGUUUUAUGGAGACUGAUAUUGUUGCCAUUAUCGGCCCACAAUCUUCUGUCGUUGCUCGUAUCAUAUCCCAUGUUGCGAAUCAGCUUCAAGUUCCCCUAUUGUCAUUUGCAGCAACAGACCCCAGUCUCAACUCUCUGCAGUUUCCCUUUUUUGUUCAGACCACCCAGAGCGAUUUGCACCAAAUGGCAGCAAUAUCAGACGUUGUUGAUUACUAUGGUUGGAAGCAAGUAACUGCCAUUUACAUUGAUGAUGAUUAUGGACGAAAUGGCAUGUCAGCUCUGGGUGAUAAACUUGCAGAGAGACGUUGUAGAAUAUCUUACAAGGUGGGGGUUCCCCCGGAUUCUGGAGUUAAUGGGACUGACAUCUUAGAUAUGCUUAUUAAGGUUGCAUCAAUGGAAUCUCGCGUUAUAGUUCUCCAUGUGAAUCCUGAUGUGGGUUUCGAGGUCUUUUCUGUGGCAAACCGUCUUCAAAUGAUGGGUAAUGGGUGGGUAUGGAUUGCUACAAAUUGGCUCUCGUCUGUUUUGGAUUCUGCUUCACCUCUCCCAUCAGAGACCAUGGACUCAAUUCAAGGAGUUCUCUUUUUACGUCAACAUACACCAGAUUCAGAUCGAAAGAGAGCGUUUUACUCUAGGUGGCGCAAAUUGACUGGUGGUUCUUUGGGGCUGAAUUCUUAUGGCCUUUAUGCUUAUGAUUCUGUCUGGCUAAUUGCACAUGCUAUUGAUGCAUUUUUUAACCAGGGUGGUAUUAUCUCGUUUUCUAAUGAUUCCAGGUUACGUUCAGUGAAAGAUAGUGGUCUGCACCUUGAGGCAAUGAGCAUCUUUGAUGAUGGAAAACUUCUGCUGAAUAACAUAUUGCAGAGUGAUCUUGUUGGUUUGACAGGCCGUAUUAAGUUUGACACAGAGAGAUCUCUUAUUCUUCCUGCAUACGAUGUUAAUAACGUGUUCGGAACUGGGUUCAAACGGAUUGGUUACUGGUCCAAUUACUCUGGUUUGACUGUCGUACCUCCUGAGAUGCUUUAUACAAAGCCACCAAAUCGUUCAAGUGCAAACCAGGAACUGUACAAAGUUAUUUGGCCUGGAGAUACAUUGUUCACGCCACGUGGAUGGGCUUUUGCUAACAAUGGGAAGCAACUGAGAAUUGGUGUGCCACUUCGGGUCAGCUUCCGGGAGUUUGUAUCACAAGCACGAGGGACAGAUACAUUCAAGGGUUUCUGCAUAGAUGUUUUUACAUCUGCAAUAACUUUAUUACCAUAUCCUGUUCAAUAUCAGUUUAUCCCCUUUGGAGAUGGUAAAAACAAUCCAAGCUACACAGAGCUGGUGUAUAAAAUUACGACGGGUUUAUUUGAUGCUGUUGUUGGUGACGUUGCCAUUGUCACCAACAGGACAAAAAUCCUAGAUUUUACACAGCCAUAUGUCGCAUCUGGAUUGGUUGUUGUGGCCCCUUUUAGGAAGUCAAACUCAGGAGCCUGGGCUUUCCUGGGGCCAUUUAGUGCCCGUCUGUGGAUUGUCACCGGUUGUUUCUUCUUUGUUGUUGGCUUAGUUGUGUGGAUUCUUGAGCAUAGGAUAAAUGAUGAGUUCAGGGGCCCACCUAAAAGGCAAAUCAUAACUGUUAUAUGGUUCAGUCUCUCGACUCUAUUUUCCACUCAUAGAGAAAACACUAUGAGCACCCUUGCGCGAUUUGUGCUACUUAUAUGGCUCUUUGUGGUUUUAAUAAUCAACUCAAACUACACUGCAAGCUUGACGUCAAUUCUCACAGUGCAUCAACUCUCUUCUCAUAUUAAAGGAAUUGAAAGCUUGAAGGAAAGUGAUGAGCCAGUAGGGUACCAGGUGGGUUCUUUUGCUGAAUAUUACUUGAGUGAGGAAGUUGGAAUAUCAAAAUCUAGGCUUGUUGCCCUGGGAUCACCAGAAGAAUAUGCUAAAGCACUCAAACUCGGUCCUGGAAAAGGGGGUGUUGCUGCCAUUGUUGAUGAACGUCCUUAUGUGGAACUUUUCCUUGCAGGGCAGUGCACGUUCAGGAUCGUGGGUCGAGAAUUUACAAAAAGUGGCUGGGGUUUCGCAUUUCCAAGUGACUCUCCCUUAGCUGUGGAUAUGUCGACCGCAAUUUUAGCACUAUCAGAGAAUGGUGAUCUCCAACGAAUCCAUGACAAGUGGCUGAUGCAAAGCACAUGCAGUUCGGAUACUUCUGAGCUUGAAGCAGAUAAACUUUACCUUAGGAGCUUUUGGGGCCUCUUUCUCCUUUGUGGUCUAGCUUGCUUCAUUUCACUCGUCAUACACGUCUUGCAGAUUAUACGACUAUUUUAUGCUGCCCCUGCAGAAUCUGCUUCUCCUGGUCAAUGUCCCUCACGUUCUGGGUGUAUCCGUAGACUAUUGACAUUAAUGGAUCAGAAGGAAGACCCAACAAAGAAUGCGAGUAAAAGAAGGAAGUUGGAAACAUCAUUAUCCGGGAAAGAUCAGGACGGUGAGUCACUGAGGAAUCCCAAGAGGAAAGAAAUAGAAAGGACGAUUGGAGCGACAUCAACAUAAGCAAACUGCUCUUCACGCUCUUAACAUUCAGCAAGAUGAGUUUGCUAGAAGGAAG